AUGGAGAUCUAUCCUGCGGGGCGCAUACUGACUGUGGCUUCCUUACACUGGUCUGCCAGGACUCUUCUGAAGCACAAGGCUUGCAAGUGCAGAAGUCCGAUGGAUCCUGGCUCUCCGUCAAAACUGACCGGAGCCUUGUCCGGCAGCAUUUAA